CCGCUGUUGCCGCGGAGUGGUAUCAUAGAUGGUCCAGCAACCGGUGAUGCUCCUGGGCGUGAGCAAAUAUGGACUGCUGGUCAUGGCGCAUGGAGCUCUUGCUGGUUCAGCUGGGUUACGCCUCUUAUGCAAACGGGCAGUCGACGACAGCUGCAGUCAGACGACCUGCUGCAAUUGGAUCCAAGUUUGGAACCGGAGCGCUGCGGCCGUACGCUGUGGCUCAACUGGAGCAAGGAGCUGCUGCUGCACCCGCAGCGCCCCUCCCUGCUGCGAGCCCUGGCGCGCUCGUACGGCGGCCCCUUCGCCUGGCUGGGCCUGGUCAAGCUCCUGAACGACCUGCUCAGCUUCUCCGGGCCCCUGCUGCUGCGCCUGCUCGUCUCUUGGCUGACAGCAACACCCAGCCAGCAACAGCACCCGCAGCACCCGCAGCAGCAGCCUCCUUCUCUUGCAGCAGCAGCAGCCGCCAUGACGUCGACCGCCCAGGGGACCCAUGGGUCGCUCCCGGCAGCGGGUCAGCCAUCCUGGGGCACGUUGUUCGACCCCACCAGCGGGGUGGUUGCUGACAACAGCAGCGGCAGCGGUAGCAGCAGCAGUAGCAGCAGCAGUGGCGGGUGGUGGUUGGGUUGGGGCUGUGUAGUGCUGCUGGGGCUGAGCUCGCUGGCUCGGGCGCUGCUGAACGCGCACUUCAACUACCAGCUGAGCCGCCUGUCCUGCCAGCUGCGGAGCGGCCUCAUGACCGCCCUCUACCGCAAGUCCCUGCUGGCGCUGCGACACCAGCCGCCGCAGCAGCAGGAGGGGGCAGCGGGAGCAGGGGCAGCGGGAGCAGGGGGAGGGGCAGGGACAGGAGCAGGAACAGGAGCCCGCGGGGCGGUGAAAACGCAGGCUGGAAGGAAGGGACAGCUGCGGGUGCAGGCGCGUGCUAGGGGCAAGGAGGAGGCAGCUCAGCCGCUGCUGCUGCCGCCGCCGCCGGCAGCGGAACAGCAUGAGGGGCAGGGGGCGCAGCGGCAACACAGCGGCGACGGCGGCGAGAAGGGCGGCGGCGGCGGCGACAGAGGCACCUCGCCUGAUGUGGAGACCGGUGUGGGUAGCCGUGACGGAGUCUCCCCUGCCACUGCCACUGACGGGGCCGCAGUAGCUGACGGCGGCGCGCCUCACCGCAUGGCCGGGGACGGGGACGGGGACGGGGACAAGACCGCUAACGACGGUGGCAGCACCCUUACCCCCAGCACCCCCAGCCCCAGCCCCCCCACUCCCAGCAGCCCCAGCAGCAGCCCCCUGGGCGAUGUGUCCACGCUCAUGUCGGUGGACGCGGGUCGCGCGGUGAACCUGCUGCUGUCCUUCCACGAGCUCUGGUCGCUGCCCUGGCAGAUGGGGCUGGCGCUGUACCUGCUGUACACGCAGGUCCACUACGCCUUCCUAGCGGGUGUGCUGGUGUCGCUGCUGCUGGUGCCGCUGAACCGGCUGCUGGCGGCCCGCAUCCUCACCGCCUCCACCGCCAUGAUGGCAGCCAAGGACGCCCGAGUGAGGUGCAUGUCGGAGCUGCUGGCGGGCGUGCGGGGGGUGAAGACGGACCCCGCCUGGCUGGGCUUCUAUGUGGCCCGGGUCUCCUCCGCCCGCCACGCCGAGCUGCGCGGCCUGGCGGUCCGCAAGUACCUGGACGCGCUGUGUGUGUUCUUCUGGGCCGCCACCUCACUGCUCUUCUCCGCGCUCACUUUCGGACUGGUGGUGCUGCUGGGGGAAAGGGGAGGGGGAGGGGCAGGAGGGGGUGUGUUGACGCCCGCUGCUGCCUUCACCAGUCUGGCGCUGUUCCAGUUGCUGACGGGGCCGCUCAACGCCUUCCCCUGGGUGGUCAACGGCGUUGUGGAAGCCAUGGUCUCCGUGCGCAGGCUUCAAGCCUACCUCACACGCGCCGAAACCAAGGCCCUGUGGGCUUAUGAGGAUCUGGAGAUGUCGCUUCGAGACCUGCCGCCAGCCUCCGCGGCGGCAGUACUCCACGCCGCAACGGCCGCAGCUACCGCCGCCGCUGGCGGCGACGGCGACGGCGGCGGCUGCGACGGCGCCGCCAUCGAUCUCGCGCCGCCGCCGUCGGCCCUGUCCCGCCACCCCCGCUGCGGGUUGCUGGCGGCUUUGCAUGAAGCAGCAGCCGACGGUGACGGUGGCGGCGGCGGCCUGUCGUACGGCCGGGGGCCGCCAGGCGGGGGCGCACAUCCCCUGGAUCGCAUGCUUCGUGCGCUGCAGCCGCCGCCGCCACCUCUGCCUCCGCUGCCACCGGCCACAACGGCAGUCAGGCCGCUGCCGGCUUGGUGGUGGUUGCGGCGCAGAAGAGCCUCGUGUGACGUCACCAUCGCAAGAGGCGGCGACGGAGGUGACGGAGGCGGUGGCGGCGGCCGCUUUUCCCGCAGCAGUGCGCCGCCGGUGCUGCUGUCAGGGGGUGCUGCUACCGCUGUUGAGGUGCUGCCGGCCUCCUCCUCCUUGCAGCAGCAGCAGCGGGCGCUGCCGCCGGUGCAGUCCGGGGUGUCCCUCGUGGCGCUCGACGCGGAUGCUCCGGAGGCGGAGGUGCCGCUGCCGCCGCUGCCCUUACCGCCGCUGCAGCGCCUGCCAGCACCGCCACCGC